AUUCAGUUUCUAAAAAUAAAAUCACACGCUGUAACGAAUCACAUGAUUCCCAAAGGGAAAUUAAAUUCCUCCGUGUUGCAAUGUUGUUGACUUAGAAGCAGUGAAACUCGUUAGGGAGGAAGUUGUACUUCAGUUUCUCAUACAAUGUGACCGUAUUUUUUCUCAACACAACAUUUCUGGUUGAAGAACAUCGUCAUAACAAACUAAUGAAUAUUCGUCAACUUAAUAAAUAAUUACACAUACUAUACUACUUCAUCAGGAUUAAAUAGCCUUGGAAUUAAUCAUGGAGAAUUUACGAGAGUAUGAGCCCUUAAAUUACCUUAUAGAGCUUAUGCCAAAGAAGGCCCAGCGUGGGCUAACAUCUCUGAAUGUUGAUUGGCUAUCCAUGGACGUGAAUACAGACUUUAUUGCCAUUGGGGUAAAUUUUGGAAUGGUCUUCCUCCAUAACAGAAAAGAUAGAAAAAUGACAAAAAUUAGAUGCCAGGAUAAAUCAGGAAAAAUAACAGCAUUGAAGAUGUUAAAAGUUCUAGACCACCAAGUAGCUAUAGGAACAUCAACUGGAUCAGUUGAACUCCACUUAAUACCUUUACCUGGCCGUCCUCAGCAGAUGAAGAUGUUCCCAUUUAAUGCUCACAAGAGUCAGAUUACCUGUAUGGAAUGGAGUCCAAAUGGGAUGAAGUUGUACUCAGGUGAUAAUCAAGGUGUUAUUGUCUGCGCACAGGUAGAUUUCUACGAGGGGAAUUGUUCAACUGUAGUAAUUUUAAAAGAGAGUGAACCAGUAGUCCAGCUAAGCUAUGCUUACAAGUGUCUGCUUGUGUCAACAUGGGGUCGUACUGUCAUAUUUGAGUCGGACAGUAGAAGCAUCAAGCAAGUUGGACAACAACCAAGAAAAUGCAAAGGUACUUUUGGGGCAAGCUUCAUUCCUGCAGUGUGCAAGGCACGCGAUGCUAAGUUCUACCUGUCUAGGCCAGGCCUACGACUAUGGCGAUCGGACAUAGAUGGUACGGUUGAAAAUACUCUUCUCUUUAACGAGCUCAUCAAAAUAGGCUACCCACAGCUGAGUCUACUAGAGGGUACGCCAUCACUGAUUCAAGACGGACACAGUGAAAUUCAGUUUGGUCCUGUUAUUAUUUACAAGGAGUCGCUGGUUUUGUCCUGGUCUUACAGCUCUCUAUUCAUAUUGGAUCCAAUUAACAUGAAGGUUAUUAGUGGGUGCUCAGGCAGCCUAGGAAGCAUAAUGGAUGUGUCAGUCGUUGGAGAUGAAAUAUUUAUACUUACAAGAGGGGCUGGUAGACCAAUAGUAAGGCUAGCCUGCAGUCCAGAAUCUAUUUAUUCAAGACCAUCAGAGCAUACUCAGUUUACUAGGGAAGAGCUACGACUCCUUAAGGAUCAAAAUGAAGCAAGAAUAUCAAAGUUAGAAUCCCAACAUGAAGUCAGUACUAAUCCUGAACAGAAGCCCAACAUAGUGAGCAAGUUUCUAAUUAAAGCUGCUGAUGAGAUAGUAAGUGGCGCAAAAAUGACAAAAAUGAACAUUGAGAAACUUGAACAAAAAUUAAAAUCUUCUCCUAAGCAAUCGCCCACUCCAGAACGGAAGGCAUCUUUGUCAGAAACAGAUGGUAAGGUAGAACCAGAUGCAGUACCAACCACUCCUGCUGCCAGCUUAUCUGCAGAAGUCUUAGCUUCACAAUUCAAGGAAGCAGGAGGGAACCAGGAAGAUCAUGUGGACACUCAGGAAGAACCAGUUACCAAUGGGGUGAUCUCAAGCGAUAUUCAAGAGACAUUAUUGAAAAAUGAUAACAGUGGAAUUAAACCAAAAGUUGAUACUACAACAACUUUUAAAGACAUUGGAAAGGAAAGUUUUGAAGAUGAGCUUGUUUUUAGUAAGCAAAAAAAGCCAAAGAAAAAGGGGAAAAAGAAGAAAGGAAAAGGCAAACCAAAUGAUGACUUCAUAAGUGUUCCAGAGACUUUGCCAUCAUUGACAUCCACUGACACAAAUUUACCUUCUUUUGAAAUUUUGGACAAUUAUGCACAUACUGACGGAGAUGUCCUAUUAGAAACUCUUUCAACUAGUGGAGUACAUGAUAACCUGCAAAGUAUGCUAAAAAAAGAUUGUGAAUCUUCAACCACUGGAGUGAUCAAGGAAGCUGUCUCUUCAGAAGAAAAUCCACCUCAACAUAAUGGUGGUGAUCAAUCUGAUAUCAAUGGUCAUAGUGAAACCCAGAACAAUUUUGGGUGUGUGAAAAAUGAUUUGUCAAAAGAUGAUGACAACACAUUUUUGAAUGUAAGCACACUUUCAUCAAAACAGACAAUCGGUUCUUGCGAUAACGUAUUAAAUAUCUUUGCAACAAAACACAGUCCUGAUCCUAACAAUUUAGGUUCAAACUCCUGCAAUGAAUCUGUAACAUCUGCAGAUGAUCCUCGUAGUUUGACGUCUUGCAAGGAUGAUAAUCUAGCUCCCAUUGAGGAUGGUGGUGGCAUCUCUGAUACUGAUCUUAAAGAUCAACCACAAACAGAAAAGGACAUCAGUAUUUAUGACCGGCCUAACACUCUAGGUAAAAAUAAAUCGUUGGAACAUGAACCUGACCAGAUAUCCACAAGUUCUCAUGAAAGUCUUGAGGCUGAGAUGUCUAGUGAUGACUUCAACUUGCCAGAGGGGAUCCAGCAGAAAGUGGCUGGUAGCUGGGUGCAUUGCAACUCACCCGGAGUAAUCACUCAACUGAUCGUAUCUGACAGACAUGUCUGGUGCGUGGACAAUCAUGACAGGGUUCACUUCACACUUAUCAACUCGGGCAAGUACAAAUGGAAUAAGUUACGUGAUUCAGCACAACAGAUGGCAGUAUCGCACACGGAAAGCAUAGUCUGGAGGGUGCAUCGUAAAAGCGGAAAGGCGUAUGCAUGUGCCCCAAUUACACCCCGCUCUCCAAUUGGAUCCAAGUGGGCAGAGACUUGUCAUGAUGUGUGUUACGUUGCACUCGAUGAGACCAUCGCAUGGAUUAUCAAAACUAACCACGAUGUUUAUGUGCAACAGGAUUUGAGUCGUGACCGUGUAUAUUCACGCAACGUCAGGGUAUCAAGCUCAAGUCAGAUAAAACUUGACCAAGUGGCAACCAGUCGGGGGGUAGUGUGGGGUCGUGUUACUGACGGAAAUAUGGUGUACAGAAACGGAAUUACCGACAACAAACGCACUGGUACAGAAUGGUUGCCUUUUGAUGGCCAAAGCAUUCAAGUUGUGAGUAUGGCCAUUGAUAGUAGAAACACUGGUUGGGUUAUUGAUCAAGAUGGCAACGUUUGGAUGAAGACCGGUGUAACAAUGGAAACUCCACAAGGAGACAGCAAAAAUUGGUGGCAGGUUCCAAUGAGCGAGUAUUUGAUGCAAGACCGAAGUACCUUUUCGGCGUUAUUUGAGAACACCAUAACCAUGGUGGGUAAACAGAUCUUCAAGGCGUACCAUCAGUCUAGGCCAAUGUUUAUUGGUGCAAGUAGUGCUGGUGUGUGGGUUGCUGGCUCAGGGCAUGUCAAAAGUUCUCUGUAUGCUUCUAAGGGAAAUCUCAUAGGUAGCUAUUGGAACAUGGCUUCCCCACACGGAUUAUCUCAAUCAGCUCAGUGGCUGUGCAUCUCUGCAUCAGGGGCGUAUGGUACAAGUGGAAUGAUAUGGGCUCUACAGAAGAGUGGAGAGGUGUUCUGUUUCCCUUCAGACACACUUCGACCAUGUCUGAUAGAGCCACCAGUAGGCCAGGAUAAUCUGAAAUACUUAAGCAGUUCAGCUGAGGGUCUCUGGGCAAUAGGAGAGUCUAACAGCGUGUACGUCAGGGAUGGCAUGUCGCCGAGGCACCCACAGGGCCUAAGAUGGAAAACAUUAAACCUAUCUCAGCUAGGACCAUCAAAGGUGAUUCAUCUGACCUGUGGCUCCAUAGGUGUGUGGGCAUGUGAUAGCGACGGAAAUAUCCACUUCAGGCUAGGCCUAUGUAUGCCACGCAACGACUCCAUGGUACCUGCCUGGGUACAGGUCGAUGGCAAGCCAACAGGCAGUGGUAACUACUUCACUAAUGUCUAUGUUGGGCCUGGCGAUAACAUUGUUUGGGCAUUGGAUAACAAACGGAACGUGUAUGCGAGAUGGGGAAUAUCUAAUCGGUUACCAAUCGGGUUAAGAUGGGAAAUAGUGCAAGGUACACCAGCAAAUCUGUUGUGUGUUAGCUCCGAGAGUGUGUGGGCACUGUGUCCCAAUGGAGAUGUUUUCCGUCGCCACGGUAUCACAGAAAAAAACUCGUUGGGUGAUUAUUGGAAGAAAGUUCCAGGAAAUUUCUCACUCCUCUCAGUGAGUCAGAACGAUGAAUUGUGGGCCAUCGACAAUGAAGGUCACAUAUUCCAGCAGUUGGUCAAGAUGUUUAGCCGUGGAGGGGAGCACCUGCAGAGGACAACAGCCAUCAUCGAGGAAGAUGACUGGGAUGUGAUUUGAGAAAAACUAUGUUAUCGCCACCACAGGUGUUGGAAUACCAUAACAUUCUUUAUACUGGUUUCUGCUGAUAUAAAGCAACUACUUUCGCAAGGUUUCAUGUCUCUCAGUUAAAGGCUGACAUUCUUUCAUUCAUUAUGGUUAUAUGUUGGUAAAAGAGCAUUUUGUUGUACCGGUGAAACUCAUUUUGUGUUUUACCAUCAGAGGAAUUUUAAAAUUGUUGAUUAUCAAAUAAUAAACAAUAGGAGUGGCGGUUAAGAUGUUUACCUUCCAAAAGAUAGGUGUAUUUUAUCGUUUAAAGUUUAAAUAUGUGAGAGAGUGACAGCUUUAAGAAGAGCGUACAACCUACUAUUACUGUGAAGUUCUGUCGAACUAUCAAAUUUUCUUUUGACAAAAAGUGUUGUAUACCCAUAUAUAGUCAUGAUGUGCCUAUAUAUGGUCAUGAUGUGAUGUCAUUACGACUAUAUUUAGGCAUGUCACAUGUUUUUGUCAAAUAGAAUUUGGUAGUAUGGACGGGACUUAAAGCCAGGCACUAUGUCGGUCAUCAACACAAUUCCAUGAAUACCGCAACACAACUACGUACGUGCAACACAUCGUUUUUAACAACAACAGAACUUUGCGCUCAGCCCUGCCCCUUGGAUGUUGUUGCUACGGUAUUGUUGCUACGGACAGCGUAAAAACAUACAUGCAAACACGUGCAUUUGUGGGACAAUGUGUGCGUUUCUCUAUAGGCACGAAUUUAUUCCUGGCCAAGUUCUGAUUGGUCAGUUGUUAAGUUUGAUUGACACUCCAGACAUAAUUCCCAAGAGAAUGCCGCACAACAAGGCGCAGAACAGAAUAUGUUUUAAUGAUGAUCCACCCAGUCUUCCACUGACAGUCGGCAGACAGAUGCAUCGUCAAGUGCUCAAAAUAGCAGAAAUAGAUUUAUCAGCCACCGGUUGUGUGCCUGGCUUUUUAGGUGUGGCGCCUUAGACAAAAUUUAUUGUAGUUAAUAGCUACAUAGCUGUUAUUUCUUAUUAUAAUUGUUAAAAAAUGGAUUAAAAUCUAUUUCUAAAAGCUUAAAAAGCCAAAUAUGUACCGUAUAUGUGUAUUCUAAAAUGUGUAGUGAAACAAUUGGUGUAAAUAUGCAGGUAAGCCUUUAGUCAAAAUAGCAAUCAGAAAUGUCAAAAGUUUUAAGAGUUAUAUAUUAAAAUAUAAAGCUGGUACCCUGUAGUUUAAUUUUUGGAUCUGGUGUGACUGCUAUAGCCAAAAAUCUUGUGUACAAGUUGAUCUGGAUUGGAAACAGACCUUUGUAACAUAGGUAAUAAGGAUUGCACAGAGAAUUCACAUUUUCAAAAAUAAUCUGAUUCAUACUUUUUUCAUCAAAUCGGUUUACUUUUGUGGAGUGUGCUUGUGCUAACUCUUAAUAUAAAAAAAAAAAAUAUUUUAAUUGAUUUUGUUACAACCAUAUUCCUCUCGGCUGUAAGCAUCGACAUGUGUUUUAAAUUUCCAGGCUAGUCUGGUAAAACAAAUAAAAUAAAUGUAAAUUACUUGUCUUUUUUUUCACAGCAGUUAAGUAAAUGUUUCCUAUGGCAUCAGUUUUGGAUCGAAGAAUAUAGAAAAUGUAGACUUAUAUGGUAUUCUAUGGGGUUUCUUUUUCCACAUUAAAGAGUACAAUAUAGUGUA